AUGGCUCUAACACAUGUUCCGGCCCGGCGUUAUGCUCGUUUUCUUGUCCAGUUUCACGAGAUGUAUGCAGACCGCCUCCACCCGUUGCCGGAGGCUGGCAGUCUACCCUCGGUCAUAUGGUAG